UCAAAUGCAUUGCAUCACACAAAUGGAAAACUUAUUUGUGUCCCUUUGAAUAACCCACCACCUCCAAAUAUUCAUUACUCACUCACUUCUUUUCUAUUUCUCUCUUUCUCUCUUUCAUUAUUUUUCCAACACCACCAACUCAAUCAUACCAAGAAAACCAGGUUCAGCUGAAACAAGAAAGAAAGCUAGCUAGGGCAUGGCGCCAAGAGGUAGACCACGCAAAAAGAUGGUUGGAAGCUCAAGAAUGGAUGCUGCCCUUGAUGCAAUGACGCAGUUUGGAUUCGAGGGAAAACUUGUUCAAGAAACUGUUAACGAGCUUCUUGAUGUUUAUGAAGGAGCAUGGCCUUUUAUUGAGGAUGGCUCUUACAAUCUCCUAAUAGAAACCAUACUUGCCAAACAAGAAGACAAGAACAAGGAGGAAAAUUUGCAGGAGAAUACAAGAAGGGAUGGGUUUGCUCUGACAUCUUCAGCUGAUGCUACUUUUGCAACUGGGAUCACUGAAGUUGGAUCCUCUAGCCUGGUGGUGAAUCAUGACCCUUCAUUAUUGCAUGCUAGUGCUGAUGGUUUGGACUCUGCAUCUCGAACCAAUGAUCAUGAUCAAGAUACAAUUCCACCUUCUAAUCAAUCAAUAGAUGUUAAGGAUUCAACUGUUCCAGCUGAAAGAAAAGAACAAGAUGAGCCAAACCCUGCAAACAAUGUAAAUACCACCACACAAACACAUAUGAACAAUGUUGGGACCAGUUUUGUGAAGACUAACAUGACUACAUCCUUGGAAGCACCUGAGAAGGUUCAGCAACGCAGGCGUAAGCCUUGCUAUGGUUGGAUUAGUGAUGAUGAUAGUGAUGAUGGCAAAGUGGAACUCAUUCACUUGCCUCUUCCUCCAUUACCUGAACACAUAGAGAAGUUACUUGGGCAGAGUAGUAGUGUUAGUGUAGCAUCCCAAACGAAAAGUAGAAUCAGAAGAGGAAUGCGCAAGAGUAGAUGGGAUGAAAAGCCAGAUGUGUGAACAUUGUACAAGCCAAAUGGUGAUAGUAAUGAUAGGGACUAACACACUGAUGAAUUAAAUGAAUACUCUUUAGUCUUUACCUUUGUAUGAUGUUGACCCAAUUUGAGUAACUGAUUUAGUUUAUAUCCCAUUUAAUAUAGAAA